AUGCAAAGUAAGUAACAGCAGUACAACAAAAAAUAUAUAUUCUGUGUUUGUUUUAUCCAGACAUGGGCCAGUUCAACGCCACUAACGGGAAGCAGGCUCUGGAGAUCCGCAGCAGCCUAUCAGAGAGGAGGGAUCUGACGGACCCUAUUCUGCCUGGCGACAGCUCUGACAUGGCCCUGGCUCACAACGUCAGUGGGCCAAGGCUCACGGUAAGGACACACCUCAAACACAAUCAAAGAAUGAACGUAAUUACAGUACGUUUCGAUUUGAGUUGUUUAGCUGACGUUAUCAAUAUACUUAUUGUGGAUGUAACGUUGUGUUUUUAGUCUAGAACUGCCUGAGAGUAUAUAUCUGGACUUUGAGUGUGGGGCUCAGACCAAGCUGGGUUUGCUGCAGAUUUCUCUGACGUGCUGGUCAUCUACACCCACAUUGUGAAGAAACCAGAGGACAUGUCCUUCUGCCAGGCCCACAUCAUCAACUUCUCCCUGGUGAGUUGCUACAGUCUUUCACCCAGUUCUAAAAUUAUGCAAACUUGUUCCUUUCCCAGGCUCCUGUCACCAAUUCUCACAGUUUCUUUCCUAUCCACUACCCCUUCAAGUGUUCAUAGAUCUGAAAAGGUGUAACUAAUCCAAUAGCCUAAUCCAUUAAAGCUUUUCAGAUCCGUGAACACCAAAGGGAUAGGAGGAUAGGGAAGGGAAUUUAAACUCAAUAUGCCACUGAUGCCAUGAUGUUUUUUCCUAGCUCUGUUCAAUACAAAUGAGAGCAUUUUCCUUUCUUGGGGUUUACUGAAACAACAUUAGGAGAAUAGAUGGCAUUGUGCAGACUGCAAAGUCUUUCUUUUUGCUGGAGAUAUGUUUUGAUGUCCAGCACCUGGCUCAAAACUAUGCAUAUGCAUAUACAGUGCCUUCAGAAAGUAUUAAUAACCCUUGACUUAUUUCACAUUUUGUUGUGUUACAGCCUGAAUUUAAAAUGGAUUCAAUAGAUUUUAUUUCCUAACCCAUCUACACACAAUACCCCAUAAUGACAAAGUGAAAACAUGUUUUUAGAAAUGUUUGCACAUUUAUUGAAAAUGAAAUAACAAAAUAUCUAAUUUACAUACACCACCAGUCAAAAGUUUGGACACACCUACUCAUUCAAGGGUUUUUCUUAAUUUUUCACAUUGUAGAAGAAUAGUGAAGACAUCAAAACUAUGAAAUUACACAUAUAGAAUCAUGUAGUAACCAAAAAAGUGUUAAACAAAACGAAAUAUAUUCUUCAAAUAGCCAUCCUUUGCCUUAAUGACAGCUUUGCACAGUCUUGGCAUUUUCUCAACCAGCUUCAUGAGGUAGUCACCUGGAAUGCAUUUCAAUUAACAGGUGUGCCUUAAAAGUUAAUUUGUGGAAUGUCUUUACUUCUCAGUGUGGUUUAGCUAAUCAGUGGUGUUGUGACAAGGUGGUGGGGGGGGGGGGGGGGGGUAUACAGACGAUAGCCCUAUUUGGUAAAAGACCAAGUCCAUAUUAUGUCAAGAACAGCUCAAAUAAGAGAAAGGACAGUCCAUCAUUACUUUAAGACAUGAAGGUCAGUCAAUACGAAACAUUUAAAGAACUUUGAAUGUUUCUUCAAGUGCAGUCGCAAAAACCAUAAAGAGCUGUGAUGAAACUGCCGCUCAUGAGGAAACACAAGCAAUGGACAUUAGACCGGUGGAAAUGUGUCCUUUGGUCUCGAGUUCAAAUUUGAGAUUUUUGGUUCCAACCACCAUGUCUUUGUCAGACGCGGUGUGGGUGAAUGGAUGAUCUCCGCAUGUGUAGUUCCCACCGUAAAGCAUGGAGGAGGAGGUGUUAUGGUGUGGGGGUGCUUUGCUGGUGACACUGUCUGUGAUUUAUUUAGAAUUCAAGGCACACUUAACCAGCAUGGCUACCACAGCAUUCUGCAGCGAUACUCCAUCCCAUCUGGUUUGGGCUUAGUGGGACUAUCAUUUGUUUUUCAACAGGACAAUGACCCAACACACCUCCAGGCUGUGUAAGGGCUAUUUUACCAAGAAGGAGAGUGAUGGAGUGCUGCAUCAGAUGAACUGGCCUCCACAAUCCCCCGACCUCAACCCAAUUGAGAUGGUUUGGGAUGAGUCGGACCGCAGAAUGAAGGAAAAACAGCCAACAAGUGCUCAGCAUAUGUGGGAACUCCUUCAAGACUGUUGGAAAAGCAUUCCAGAUGAAGCUGGUUGAGAGAAUGCCAAGAGUGUGCAAAGCUGUCAUCAAGGCAAAGGGUGGCUAAUUGAAGAAUCUCAAAUAUAAAAUAUAUUUUGAUUUGUUUAACACUUAUUUGGUUACUACAUGAUUCCAUAUGUGUUAUUUCAUAGUUUUGAUGUCUUCACUAUUAUUCUACAAUGUAGAAAAUAAUAAAAAUAAAGAAAAACGCUUGAAUGAGUAGGUGUUCUAAAACUUUUGACUGGUACUGUAUUUGUUGACCCCAAAAAUAUGAACAGGGAGACACCAGAGGAGAUUGGUAUCUACCUGCUCUCCAGCAGUCUGCCCCAGCACUGCCUCUACACAGGCCUCAACUCUCUACAGAAGCUCAGGGUAAGGGUACAAAAAAGAAUCACCACUUUCUAGAUUCUCACAUUACUACUACUUUAUUAUACUGUCCUGGCCCCUUUUGUUUGAUCUCUUGAAUAAAGUUUUUUAAAACUACCUUCCUGUUUCUAUGUGUGCCCUGUGUCCCCUCUGUAGGAGCAGCUGGUGUCAUCUUAGGGCAGUGCUCACCUUGGACAAGAGAGUUUUGAUCUCCAUUGUAACUAUAGUAUAAAUAUAAAAGGUCAAUAAAAUAUGAUUCUACUCCUUGUCUUCUUCUCUGUAGGAUCAGCUGUGGUUCACAGCGUGUCUACAGGGCUCUUUCAAGGCUGUGCAUGAGCUGGUGGACUGGACCACGGAC